AUGACGAAGCGCACAGUAUACGCAUACGCGGCUAGCCUUGAGGAUCUAACGCAGACACGUGAUAGCCCUUCGAAGUUGCCAAGGUAUGCGCAAGGCCAAAAAAACUUGAACGCACGUCUGAAAACAGGAGCAUGGUCCUCCGACAAUGUCGGGGAUGCCCGGAGGCCGGCAUUCCGGGACGAAAAUAGAAAGCUUCCAGAAGAACCAAAACAACAGCGCUUUACUGAAUGCAGCACUAGCGGCAUGCAUAAGCCACGGAAAUACCUUCUGGAACAUACCAGAAAUACCGAAUACGAUUACCUGCAGAUUGUGGCUGCCCCAAGUGCCGUAUGGUAA